CUCCGUCUGCUCAGACCUCCCGGCUCGACUGGCGGCGCGCGCGGCGGUAAAAUGUCUGUUCCAGGAUCCUACCAGGCGGCCGCUGGGCCCUCCUCGGUGCCAACCGCGCCCCCAUCCUAUGAAGAGACGGUGGCCGUCAACAGUUACUACCCCACGCCUCCAGCACCCAUGCCUGGGCCGAACACGGGGCUCAUGACGGGCCCGGAUGGGAAGGGGAUGAACCCACCUGCCUAUUACACCCAGCCAGUGCCUGUCCCCAAUGCCAAUGCAAUUGCCGUGCAGACAGUCUACGUGCAGCAGCCCGUCUCCUUUUAUGACCGCCCGGUCCAGAUGUGUUGCCCUUCCUGCAACAAGAUGAUUGUGACGCAGCUGUCGUACAAUGCGGGCGCCCUCACCUGGCUCUCCUGUGGGAGCCUGUGCCUGCUGGGGUGCAUCGCAGGCUGCUGCUUCAUCCCUUUCUGUGUGGACGCCCUGCAGGACGUGGACCACCACUGUCCCAACUGCAAAGCUCUCCUGGGCACCUACAAGCGUUUGUAGGACUCGGCCAGACGUGAAGGGAGCCAUGUGCUGCAGGAAGGCCUCUCCGACUCUUCACCCAGCCCCUCUGCUCCUGGAGAAGGCUCUACCUUGGUGGUCUCGUGUCUCCAGGGGCUCCACCUUCGUGUCUUCUUUUGGGGGGGAAAAUAUCGCAAAAAUCACACACCUCCAAACCCCAGAAAUGACUGCUCGGAGUCGUGCACAGACAUGCAAAGACAUUCUCCUUGAGUGCUGGGUCCAGGGUUUUCUGUCUCCCUCCUCCCCCGGACCGUGACCCCAAGUCAUUCCAUCUUACUGAGAUCGUUGUCCCGUCUGAGUAUCUUCUGGUGAUUUGCCACUGGCUGGCUUCUUUUCUUGCUUCAGUGGGCCUUUCUGUCAGUGGUCUCCAAAUCAGAAGCCCCAGACUGCCUUAUUUUUGAAACUGUUCUGGCCCCAGUACGGCUGAACCAACCUUUAGUGCCUACCACCAUAGCCAUCUGUUUCCACUUCUGAUGACAAAAACCUUAUAGGCUAAGGGCUUGGCUCUCAGAUUCUGUAGCUGCAGGCUUUUAAAUAGCACAUGAAUUCACUUUAAUUUCUUAAUUUGUCUCUGAGUACAAGCAGGGGUUAUUCACACCCACAUAGCCAUGAGGUCAUAAACGCAGGCUAGAAAUAGAAGGCUGGAUCUUAUCACUAAUCUGCCUCCUUGGGACCAGAUCCUCAGCCACUUUCCACGAAGGGCUUUUUUCUGGUAGAGUGAUUGUUUUAUAUUAACACUUUUUGUGACCUUCUUUUGGUCUUAAACACCUUUGAGCAUAAUUUUGAAAGAAGAGACUUAUGGAACCAUUUUCUGUAACCAUAUGACUGGUAUCAUUUUCCUAUUUACCAGCGCACACUCACUUUUUUUUUUUUUUUGCCUUAACAGGAAAAGUAAUGGAUAAUUUCAUCCACUGUCUUUUCUUGGGUUUAGUGUGGUUCCUAGAAACCUCUAUAAUGGAACUCAUUAAAGUUGGGCCCUUUUGGGGUUCCCAGUGGAUGUUUGGAAAGACAAAGCACGUUUGAGCACGUCUGGGUACCAUGGUGCUGAAAAGCGUGGGGACCCGACUGUUUCAAAGGCAUCUGAAGUCUGGAUUUUAUUUUUCAGAAAUACAGUUUGUGUAACAUCGGAAGACAUGAUUCCUAGGACUGAAGCAGCAAGCUAGAGUUCUCAGUUUGCUGCUGUGUCAUCUUUGAAAUCAAGACAAAGCCGGGCUCGAAUUUCAAGAGUCCCCGUUUUGAUAAUGAAUAGGCACAAGGAAUGCAUAUGAAUAAUACUCUGUAGAAAUCAAAACCUAGACAUUGAUCAAAAAUCUGUAUAUUGGGUGAAAAUUAUAGUCAUAACCCAUUGAUUCAUUUAAUGUUUUGAAACUUCCAGGAAUUAUUUUUACAAUGACUAUAGAUAUACUUCAUAGUACUUUGUUCUCUGCUUUUCAAAAAUAAAGUCUUUGGUUCACUCCGUGAACUAUUUAUCAAUUCUUGCCAUGUGAAGAAAGGUCUUAUGUUGUGUUUCCAGCUGUUGUUACAAAGAGCCUUUAUUUGUUCCAUAAUAGUACAAAGUCCUUCAUGAUAGAAAACUUCAGACUGGAUGAAUAUCCUGCGAUGUCAACAUGACCGAUGGUGAGUUGGGUGGAUGGCUAGUGAGUCAGAUUUGAACAUGAGGUUGUUGGAACCCAGUAAACGUCAUCAGUGGCAGCAAGCCGUAGCUUUCAAGUUUUAAUAAGAUGCACAGAAGGAAGCUGUUCUCAUUCAUGCUCUGAACAAAACAUGCUUUGUUAAUUGAUUGGGGUAGAUGUGAGAUGCUAGAAGGAGGGCAUUGUAACUUGCCAGGACUAUGAAUGUCGUCCCCUCUUUUCCUACCUGGUGAUAAAACUUCAUUUUGAAAGGUGACGGUAAAUCGUGUCAUUGCCGUACGACUUUGUCAAUUUAAACCCUAACUUCUGGUUUUGAAAAUUUGCCACUCACCCCAAUCACGAGCGUGUAUUUUUCUUUCUCUUGACAAAACUGAAGGCCGUGCAUAUUUAGCAGUUUUGCUCGGAUGGUGGCAUAUAAAUUGUCUCAAACUGUUAUCCAUUACAUAUGCAGAGUCUUCAAAAUCUUCUAAACAAGAGCCCUAUUUCAAGGACUGUAACAUGUAUAGUCUGCAGAACUUGAAAAAUAACAUCGGAUGCCUGGCGCUUGGAGUGCUCAGUAGACAUUCCAUUUUAUUGUUCUAAGUAGAGGCUUAUCUGUAUAUUUUUUACAAAGUGACUAUUUUGUGCUGCCCUGUUUGUUGGGGACUUGGGAGUAUGUUGGAAG